AUGGCCAUGAAGAUUUCCUUCGACUCCCUCGUCAGCGGUUUCGCCGCUGGGUGCUCAAUUAAUAGAGAUAAUUUCUCUUUCGCUGCCAUGGAUAUGCCAGUUCCGGAAGAGUGCAAGGAGGGAUGGAAGGGUGAGGUUCUUGCAGAGCCUUCCAUUCGGAGUGAGUCGGAUUACAAUAUUCAAUGUUACUGUCCGGCCACUGGACGAUUGCUUGGAAGGGCCAGGCCGGCAUACCCUGAGGAUAUCGAUAAGGCGAUCGCAAAGUCGGCGGCAGCGCAGAAAGAAUGGGCAAAGACGUCUUUCGAAGAAAGAAAGAAGGUUCUGAGGUCACUUCUUAAAUAUAUUCUCGCCAACCAGGAUACAAUUAUCACCGCUGCUUGUCUCGACUCUGGAAAAACUCGCAUUGACGCCGCCCUCGGAGAGAUUUUGGUUGUCGUUGAAAAAAUCAAGUGGGUUCUGAACAACGGGGAGCAAGCAUUGAGGCCGGAGGGGAGGGGCUUGUUUGUGCUUGUGUCUCUUGGAAAUCAAUAUUCUAUAUUCGCAGGAAAUGGAAUCGUUGUUAAGGGAAGUGAAAACACAGCCUGGAGUUCUGGUUACUUUGUUUCCACAAUUAAAGGUGCUCUUUCUGCUUGUGGUCAUAACCCAGACCUUGUUCAGUCUAUCACAUGCUGGCCAGAAGUUGCCCCUCACCUCACCUCUCAUCCUGGAAUCGCUCAUAUCACUUUCAUUGGAUCCCGCCCGGUUGCCCACCAUGUGGCUGCAUCCGCUUCUAAAUCAUUGACCCCUUUGUGUAUUGAAUUGGGUGGUAAAGACGCGGCCAUCGUUCUUGACGACGUUCCGAACGUUAAAGCGUUAUCCUCAGUACUUAUGCGUGGUGUUUUCCAGAGCGCUGCUCAGAACUGCAUUGGGAUUGAAAGGAUUGUGGUCCUCCCAAAAGUGUACUCGAAACUCGUCGAAAUACUUGAAGAAAGGAUCAAGAAAAUCCGACUAGGAUCUGUCCUUGACGGUGAUGAAGUCGAUUGUGGUGCCAUGGUUUCUGCGGCUGGGUUUGACAAACUGGAGUCCUGGAUUGAGGACGCUGUCAAAAAAGGCGCUAGAUGCUUGGUUGGUGGUAAAAGACUGAUUCACCCAAAAUACCCCCAGGGUCAUUAUUUCUCACCCACGCUCCUUGUUGACGUAACCGAGGAUAUGCCAAUCGCUCAAAACGAAACUUUCGCCCCUAUAUGCGUUCUCAUGAGAGCUAAGGAUGUUACGCAUGCCAUUCACCUAGCAAACUCGACUGAGUACGGCCUUGGUGGCUCAGUUUUUGGAAGGAACAAACGAGAUCUCGAUCGUGUUGUGAGAGAAUUUAAGAGCGGCAUGGUGUCUGUCAAUGAUUUUGGAGUAUAUUAUCUGAACCAGUCAUUGCCCUUUGGGGGAGUGAGAGGGUCUGGAUAUGGUAGGUUCGCUGGUGUGGAGGGUAUGAGAGCAAUCUGCAAUGUUAAGGCGGUUUGUGAAGAUCGGUUCCCCCGAUUGAUCAACACUGCUAUUCCCCCAGUUGUUGAUUACCCAAUAAGAGACGGUAACAGAGGUUGGCAAUUCACCAAAGGUAAGAACGCGUGCGUCUAG